AUGAAGAAUCCCAUCAACUACAGCUGUGUCAGAAGGAUGAAGAGGAAGCUCUUGUCUAUCAUUGGUGGCCUCAUCUCCUCAAACUCCAUGCACAUGGCCCACAUUUUGAACACCUACAAGUUUCCACAGGAUGAGAGUGGGGAAACCUUUCUUCGAAAUCUCCAACCAAAGUUCUUCCAGAAUGAUAUUUGCAUUGCUUUCAUGCAGUUGAUCCCAGUAAUGAAAAAUCUGAGAUUAAAUGGAGAGUCCUUUGUUGUUAAGCUGCUGAACGUGAGGACUGCUCUCUUACAGAGCAGCACCAAUGUGUUUCUUGUUUCUGGCGAUGUCCAAUCUAUGGAGAGUUUACAGUGGAUUCUAUAUGUCUCUGAAUUUUCUAAGAUGCAACCAAUGGAUCACAGAGUAUGGAUCAUAACCUCUCACUGGGAUUUCACUGCUGCUUUAUUGUCAGGUAGUGACUUCCCAGCACAUACCUUCAACGGUUCCUUAUAUUUCUCACUCCACACCAACAUGGUGCCAAGAUUUCAGGAGUUCCUUGAGAGCAGAAACCCUUUGUUAAAUUCCUUUCCUUUCAUUCGUUCAUUCUGGGUGUCUACAUUUGACUGCUCGUUCCUUCGAGAUCCCAAAGGAAAAAAACGCUGCACUGGGAAGGAAGAACUGGGGGGGCUCCCUGGCUCCAUGUUUGAAAUGACCAUGUCUGGAGAGAGCUACAACAUCUACAAUGGGGUUUAUUCUGCAGCACAUGCUUUGGACGCAAUACAUUCGACAAGAGCAAAGCCAGUUUCUCUUAGCGAUCAGGAUAGAGCAAAACUUGGGGAUGUUCAGCCAUGGCAGCUUCACUACUUUCUGAGAAACGUCCGCUUUAAUAACAGUGCAGGAGAUGAAAUCUUUUUUGAUGAGAAGGGGGACUUUGACCUUGGAUACGACAUCUUCAACAUGGUCACUUUCCGCAAUCUGUCCUUCCGGAGAGUUUGGAUUGGAAGAAUAGACUCCAAAGCUCCCGACGCGAACAAGUUCACCAUCAAUGAAAGUACUAUUGUGUGGAAUCACAAGUUUCGGCAGGUACGUCCCCAUGCCAGAUGUGUUGACAGCUGCCACCUUGGGUACAGCAAGGUUGCUCAGGAGGGGAAACAAGUUUGUUGCUACAAUUGCAUCAAAUGCCCUGAAGGAAGAAUUUCAGUCCAAACUGAUGCAGGCCAGUGUGACAGGUGCCCAGAAGAUCGCUAUUCAAAUGCAGAAAAAGACCAGUGUCUUCCGAAAAGUUUCAGCUAUUUAUCCUUUGGAGAACUCUUGGGAGUCAUUCUGACUUCCUUGGUUCUUUUCUUUUCAGCAGCUCUCCUUUUAGUGGCAGUGACCUUCAUUCUGCACUGGGACACCCCCAUUGUCAAAGCCAACAACAGGAACAUCACAUGGGUCCUUCUCUCCUCUCUCCUCCUUUGUUUUCUGUGCUCCCUGCUGUUUAUUGGGUGGCCUGGGGAGGUGACCUGCUUUCUCAGGCAAACUCUGUUUGGCAUGAUUUUCUCCAUCUCAGUUUCCUGUGUUUUGGCCAAAACUAUCCUGGUUGUUCUGGCCUUCCUGGCCACUAAGCCAGAAAACCAAAUGAGGAAAUGGCUGGGGAAAAGACUGGCAGGAUCUAUCAUUGUGCUCUGCUCCUGUUUUCAAGCUGUUAUCUGUGUAGUGUGGUUGGUCACAUUUCCUCCCUUCCCAGAGUUGGACAUGCACUCCCAGACUGAUAAGAUCAUAGUGCAAUGUAACGAAGGCUCAGAUCUCAUGUUCCAUAUGGCCCUGGGCUACCUGGGGCUGCUGGCCAGCGUCAGUUUCAUGGUGGCUUUCUUUGCUCGAAAAUUGCCUAAUACUUUUAAUGAAGCCAAGCUGAUCACUUUCAGCAUGCUUGUGUUUUGUAGCAUUUGGGUGUCCUUCAUCCCAGCCUAUCUGAGCACCAAGGGGAAAGACAUGGUGGCUGUGGAGAUCUUCUCCAUCUUGGCUUCUACUGCUAGCUUGCUAGGCUGCAUCUUUCUCCCCAAGUGCUAUAUCAUACUGUUGAAGCCACAUCUGAACACAAAAGAACAUCUUUCCAGGAGGACAGUUUAA